AUGGCCGGUGAAACCAGAAAAGAAUCAACAUCUCGUUUAACUGAGGAGAUGAAAGCUACCAUUUCCGAGGAAGUCGGAAAAGCCUUAAAAGCUAGUCUACCGCAGUUCAUCGAUAGACUACAAAGUACGCUCUUAUCAGUAAUAGACGAUAAGAUCAAUGAAAAGAAAGAUGCGGGUAAAUCAAAAGCGUGUCCAUAUAAUAAAUUUAUGGCAUGCAAACCCCCGUUCUGUCAUGGUGAAGUUGAUCCGAUUGUUUGUCAACGAUGGAUUAGAACAUUGAAGGGAACCGGUCAGUUGAGAGGCCAAGCUAAGGAUUGGUGGGAUAAUCUGAAGAAGGAACAGGGAAUUGAGGCCACGAGAACUAUGACGUGGGAAGAAUUCAAAACUCCGUUCCUUAGACACCAUAGCCCGAAAGUUGUAAUCAAUAGGAUUAAAGAAGAGUUUAUUCAGCUAAGGCAUAGUGGUGAGUCGAUAGAGAAGAUUAGGGGAAUCUUUCUUGAUAAGCUCAGGGAGUUUAUGACUCCUUCAAAGUAUGUGCAUCUUACAGAGAUAGUGAAUGCCGCACGUGAAAGAGAGAUUGAAUUGAAAAAGCAGAUCGAUAGGGGUGAGAGAAGAGUGUUUGAUAAAAAUCCAAGUUCUGCAAAGAAACCAAAGCUGAAUGAAGCUCCUAAGAAAGGCACUGAAAAAGGGGGGAUACCUCAAUGUAAAAUUUGUGGAAAGAAUCAUAAGGGUGAAUGCUAUUUUAAAAACAAACCAUGUUCUACUUGUGGCAAAGUGGGACAUGUGGUUGCAAAUUGCCCAGGGAAGGUGUCAGUAUGCUAUAAAUGUUACAAACCGGGACACAAAAAGUCUGAGUGCCCGGAGAUAGUUGGAACCAAAGACACCACUGAUGCAAAGCCUGAUGCCCAAAAAGCAAAGGCUAGGUCUUUCCACAUGACAGCUGCUGAGGCUAAAACUGAACCUGAAGUUGUUUUAGGUAUAUUUCUUGUAAAUUCAAUUCCAGCGCGAAUUUUAUUUGAUACGGGUGCAAAUAGAUCUUUUAUAUCACAUCGAUUUAUUCAACACCCUACAUUCACAUUAAUAAAAUUACCUAUACCAUUAGAAGUAGAAAUAGGUGAUAAUAAAAGUUUUAUUGUUUGUGAUAUGUGUUGGAAUUACAAACUGAGCAUUGACGAUGAAGAAUAUUUCGUCGACUUAAUUCCCAUGUCAAUGGGAGAAUUUCAAGUGGUAAUCGGGAUGGAUUGGCUAGCUCGAUAUCACACGAAAGUAAUAUGUAACCGUAAGGAGAUACAAUUAAUGUCUCCAAGCGGAAAACAUGUUACUAUUUAUGGGGAGAAAAGCUGCAGCCCCAUAAUCUGUUCUUUCAUUAAAGCUUGCAAGAUGGUUCGACAUGGAUGUAAGGCAUAUAUGGCUUACAUACAUGAUUCGACUCAAGAGGCUCCAGAAAUCAAAGAUGUACUAGUUGUACGGGAAUUCGAAAAUGUUUUUCUGGAAAAUCUACCGGGGAUACCACCUGAGCGUGAGGUAGAGUUUGGCAUCGAAUUGGUUCCGGGCGUGAAACCGGUAGCCAAGGCUCCUUAUCAAUUAGCGUCGUCGGAACUACAAGAAUUGUUGUCGCAAUUACAAGACCUUUUUGACAAAGGAUUUAUUCGACCGAGCAUUUCUCCGUGGAGAGCGCCAAUAUUAUUUUUGAGAGUAAAAGAAGAAGAUAUAUCGAAAACAACAUUCCGAACACGUUACGGACAUUAUGAGUUUUUAGUAAUGUCUUUCGGAUUAUCUAAUGCACCUGCGACUUUCAUGGAUCUUAUGAACCGCGUCUGUAAGCCAAUGUUGGAUAAGUCGGUGAUUGUUUUCAUCAACGAUAUUCUUGUAUAUUCAAAAAGCGAAGUGGAUCAUGAAUGUCAUUUGCGUGAAGUACUUGAAACGCUUAGGCGUGAGAGACUUUAUGCAAAGUUUUCAAAAUGUGCCUUUUCGCUACGUGAGGUGCAGUUUCUAGGACAUGUUAUUAGUGUCGAUGGAGUGUCGGUAGAUCCGUCCAAAAUAGAAGUUGUGUCUAAAUGGAAACCUCCAAAGAAUCCAUCAAAGAUUAGGAGUUUUCUAGGUCUUGCGGAGGCGCAAACUGAAGCUGUAAAUGAAGAAAAUUUGAAAAAGGAAAGAAUAGUGGGUCAGCUUAAAGACUUGCAGGAUAAUAGUAAUGGAUUGAAAACCCCUUUCGAUCGAAUCUGGGUUUCAAACACUUGCAAUGUUAAAACUCUUCUUCUUGAUAAAGCCCACAAGUCUCGCUAUUCUAUUCAUUCGGGAGCUACCAAGAUGUACAAAGACUUGAAACAAAAUUAUUGGUGGCCCGGAAUGAAACGAGACAUCACAAAGUAUGUGGAAAAAUGCUUAACUUGCUUACAAGUAAAAGUAGAACACCAGAAGUCUUAUGGUAAACUUCAGCCGUUAGACAUUCCGGUGUGGAAGUAG